UAAAAUAUAUGAAAAACUGAAAACUAAAAUAAAUUCAAAACAAAACGAAUCUCAAAUAGGAAUUCCUAAAGAGAAUGCCAAAAAAGAUACUUGUAACACACUUGGCCACGGAUGGGCAGAGACCGAGCAAGACCCUGAUCCUGUUCAUCUUUGCGAUGGCCAUUUGCAUGAAGCUUGGCAUCAUUGUGAUGGAGUUGAUGAUCUGAUCUAAGCGAGAUAAUUACCUGCAAAGAAAGAAGAAAAUAGGUUACCAAAUUAGUCACAAUUUCGUUUAAUCUUUACUCUAAUGCAUGCCCCGAUAAAAGACAACAAAGAAGAAGGCAUAAAAGAAAGGAAAUGUCGAAAAGGUGCUGGAAGAAGUAUCGAAAAGGGACUGCGAGAGCUGUGAAAACUGAUCCCAAAGUCAAGUGCAGUUUUGGGUUCGAUGGUAAAUGCAUCUCGGAUUACAUCAAGGGUAAGCAGCAGCUACUUUCCUUUCCCUUCGAGAAAAGGCAAAACCACGAAACGAUGGAGGGGACAAGGACAAAAACAAGAACGAGGCGAAACCGCAAACAUAAUUUCAUUUUUCCUGCUGUGCAAAACACUGAAAAUAAUUUGACAACUUACUUAAAAAUAUGUCACAUGAAGAAGGUCCAGGACAUGGCCCCACACAAGC